GUCGGAGUUCAAAGGUCACCUGAUAACGCUAGCAAGCGAUUGGGCAAAUGCUAAUGUUAUGAAACUUCAUUGGUUAAACGAACACACGCCUUUCAUCAACCUGAAAGAGCACAGCAGACGACAAGGUGAUCCAUGUGUGUCUGACUGGACCAACACUAAACAUGCUGUCUGCACAGAGGGCAUGUGCAGCCAUGGCUGCCAGGCGCCUGGCUAGAGCCACCGUGUUCUCAGCAAACACACACUGCUCCUUCAUUCAUACAGCCGUGCCACAUCAGGAUCAGAUUGAACUGCAUCCUGAGUGGGCGAAUCUGGCAAAGAAACAGCUGAAGGGGAAGAAUCCCGAAGAUCUGAUUUGGCGUACACCUGAGGGACUCAACAUCAAGCCUGUGUACACUAAGGCAGACUCAGCUGACAGUCCGGAUGAGUUGCCUGGAGUGUUUCCUUACACUAGGGGGCCCUAUCCCACCAUGUACACCUACAGACCCUGGACUAUCAGGCAGUAUGCAGGUUUUAGCACCGUUGAGGAGAGCAACAAGUUUUAUAAGGAUAAUAUAAAAGCUGGACAGCAGGGUCUUUCCGUGGCUUUUGAUCUCCCUACACACCGAGGAUAUGACUCCGACAACCCUCGAGUCCAUGGAGAUGUUGGCAUGGCUGGUGUUGCCAUAGACACCGUUGAGGACAUGAAGUUGCUUUUUGAUGGAAUCCCUUUGGAGAAAAUGUCUGUUUCAAUGACCAUGAAUGGAGCAGUUAUCCCAGUGUUGGCCAUGUUUAUCGUGACUGGAGAGGAGCAGGGUGUACCUAAGGCCAAGCUGACUGGCACUAUUCAGAAUGACAUUUUAAAGGAGUUUAUGGUACGCAACACCUAUAUUUUCCCCCCGGAGCCAUCUAUGCAGGCCAUUGCAGACAUCUUCGCUUAUACCUCUAAGCACAUGCCGAAGUUCAACUCCAUAUCCAUCAGUGGCUACCAUCUCCAGGAGGCUGGUGCUGAUGCAAUCCUGGAAGUGGCCUACACCAUCGCUAAUGGCCUGGAGUACUGCCGCACUGGGCUGAAAGCAGGCUUAACCAUCGACGAGUUCGCUCCGAGGUUGUCCUUCUUCUGGGGAAUCGGGAUGAAUUUCUACAUGGAAAUAGCCAAACUGAGGGCAGCCAGGAGGUUAUGGGCAACGCUCAUUAAAGAGAACUUCCAGCCCAAGAACGCCAAGUCACUUCUCCUUCGAACACACUGCCAGACGUCUGGCUGGUCUCUCACGGAGCAAGAUCCGUACAACAACGUGAUCCGCACAGUGAUCGAAGCCAUGGCAGCCGUGUUCGGCGGGACCCAGUCGCUCCACACUAACUCCUUCGACGAAGCUUUGGGUUUGCCCACUGUGAAGAGCGCUCGCAUCGCCAGGAACACCCAGAUCAUCAUCCAGGAAGAGUCGGGCAUCCCCAAAGUGGCCGACCCUUGGGGAGGCUCCCACAUGAUGGAGACUCUCACCAACGACGUCUAUAACAAAGCGUUACAGUUCAUUAAAGACAUUGAAGAUAUGGGAGGCAUGGCAAGAGCCGUGGCCGAGGGCAUUCCAAAACUUCGCAUUGAAGAAUGCGCGGCGCGAAGACAAGCCCGCAUUGAUUCAGGCUCUGAGGUCAUUGUCGGGGUGAAUAAAUACCGUCUGGAGAAGGAGGAGACUGUGGAGGUGCUGGCUAUAGAUAACACCAUCGUCCGUCAGAAACAGAUUGAAAAAUUGAAAAAGGUGAGGGAGACUCGUGACCCAGAGGCAGCAAAGAAAUGUCUGGAUGCCAUUGAGGAGUGUGCACAGAGCGGGAAUGGAAACCUUUUAGCCUUGGCUGUGGAAGCAGCUCGAGCCAGGUGCUCUGUUGGUGAAAUAACUGACGCCAUGAAGAAGGUGUUUGGGGAACACAAAGCCAGCACCAGGAUGGUGAGUGGCGCCUACCGCAGUGAGUUCGGGGAGCAUGAGGAGAUCACCUUGGCACACAACAGAGUUGCCGAAUUUAGGAAGCAUGAAGGGCGUAACCCUCGACUCCUGGUGGCGAAGAUGGGACAAGACGGUCAUGAUAGAGGAGCGAAAGUUAUCGCUACUGGAUUUGCUGACCUGGGCUUUGAUGUGGACAUAGGACCACUGUUUCAGACUCCUCUUGAGGUCGCCCAGCAGGCGGUCGAUGCGGAUGUUCACUGUGUCGGGGUCAGCACACUUGCCGCAGGACACAAAACUUUAGUUCCAGAGCUCAUCAAGGAACUGCGGAAACUCAACAGGCCAGACAUCCUGGUCAUAACUGGAGGUGUCAUCCCACCACAGGACUACGAGUUCCUGUACCAGAGCGGUGUGUGCGCCAUCUUCGGCCCCGGAACCCGGAUCCCGCAGGCCGCCGUGGAGGUUAUCGACAACAUAGAGAAGAGCCUGGAAAACAUCCGGCAGGCGAUGUGAAUAUUUCUGCACAAACACAUCAGCUCAAGUGUGUGUGUGUGUGUGUGUGUGUUGCUUUCACACUGUGCAGAAGUCAAAAUGCUCACACUUGUGUAACCUGAGAUUGUAAACAACAGAAAUGUCAUAUUCCCCACUGUGAACUCACACAGAUCUGCCGUGGGAAUCGCAGUUGUAUUGACUUCACGUACAUUUUCACAGUACAUUGUGUUUGUUCGAGCCAAGAUUUAGUUAUAAUGGAAUGACUAGAUAGAGGCUGGGCUCGGCGUUUUUCCGGACACUGGACUCAUUUUCCCCACAUCUCCAUUUAUUUCUGCUUGAAACCCGCCCGUCAGCCUUUACAUCUUCCUCAUAUCUUCCUGUUAUUAAAAUGAAAGUGCCCUUCUGUUGUUUUAACCCUCACACUGCGCUUCGAGAACAAAUCAAUGUUCCAGUGAUUGAAGUGAAACCGCUGAAUAUAGUAUUUUUCUACAUGUGAACUCAGAAUAAAGAAGGCGAUGUGAACCGACU